UAGUGCCACUCUAGCAGCAGCAGCGCUUGGCGAAGGAGGGAGCGCUGAACCGUCGGGAGAGACGGCGUUCCGAGGCGGCGGCGUUGUUGGAGGAAUUUUGUCCCUUUCGGGGCGCGGUCGGCGUCGUCAAGCGAGAGUGUUUUUUGUGGCAUGAGCGAGGAGGAGGAGGAGGGCGCGCCUCCUUCCUCCUUCGAGAUGACCUGGAGCAGCACCACCAGCAGCGGCUACUGCAGCCAAGAGGACUCCGACUCCGAGCUCGAGCAGUACUUCACCGCCCGCACCUCCUUCGCCCGGAAGCCCCACAAGGAGAAGGAGAAGGAUGAGCAAAUUGAUUGGGAGAAGCCCAUUCUGUCUCAGGCUGAGAUUGAACAGAAGAUAAAAGAAUAUAAUAGCCAGAUCAACAGCAACCUGUUCAUGAGCUUGAACAAAGAUGGUUCUUACACUGGCUUCAUCAAGGUGCAGUUAAAGCUGAUCCGUCCUGUCUCAGUACCUGCCAAUAAGAAGGCACCCUCCAUCCAGGACACCAGGAAGGGUUCCUCCCGCAGUCAAGCUGUAAAGCGCCGCACCUCUUUCUACUUACCCAAGGACACAGUCAAGCAUUUGCACAUAAUUUCUCGUACACGUGCCAGCGAGGUCAUUGAAGCCCUACUGAAGAAAUUCAUGGUAGUUGACAAUCCUCGAAAGUUUGCUCUCUUUGAAAGAACAGAAAAGGAUGACCAAGUAUAUCUCCGCAAACUUUCUGAUGAAGAGCAACCUCUGCGUCUUCGACUGCUAGCUGGACCUAGUGAAAAGGCACUGAGCUUUGUUCUGAAGGAGAAUGAAACUGGAGAAGUCAAUUGGGAUGCCUUUAGCAUGCCUGAGCUACAGAAUUUCCUUCGUAUCCUUCAGCGUGAAGAGGAGGAGCAUAUUCGGCAGAUCCUGCAAAAAUAUGCCCAUUGCCGGCAAAAGAUGCAAGAGGCUUUGGCCACUCGUACACCAGGUUGACGAACUGUCCCAUCCCCAAUCCAGCACUCCAGUAAAUGUAAGAUGGCAUAUGCAGCGAAGCGGCAAAGCCAAGUGGACUACGAGUGAAGCAAUCCUGGGACUGUCUGUGGACUGAAUGUGUUCUGGAGGGGGUGGGGAAGGGAAAACAGGGAUGUGUGGAUCUCCUUGCGAGCCCAUGAUUGAUGCAUGUGUGUGUGCUCCCCAUGGAUUGACUGGUUAAUGGAGAUGCGUGUAUGACACAGCGGGAUCGGGUAGGGAAAUAAGAAAGUGUCUGUGGGAUGUGUCUGAAAAUGAAAACUUUAGUAGUACUGCUGUAGCAGCUCCUUUCAAAAGUGCCAAGAUGCUAAUGCCACACUGUAUCAACAGACUUGCAGAGGCUUGAGUCUAGAGAUGACUUGAAAUUUAAUGUAACAUGAACCAAAGUAAUUUAAAAAUCAGGAGUAAUUCCCAAGAAAAGAGAUGUCUUUUACAAGUAACAGCCUGAAAAAUAUUAGUUUUCUAUUUCUUUUGGAAUUUGACUGUGAGGGCCCUUUGAAGGACUUGUCUAAUUUAUUCAGUAUCUGUUUUAAACUGUUUUGCUUUGAUCUACAUUCCAACUAGAUUAACAGCAAUGUAAAACCUUUCACAAAUAAGCUGGAAGUCUUACUUAGACUUGUCAUAUAAAACAAAGGAAAAUAAAAUCUCUUGUUUCCUGGAUCUGAGUCAGGGACAGCAAUUGGAUAGACAUCUUGGUAGCAUAUGGUCAAAAUCAAAAUACCAAAGAAAACUCCAGUAACAACUAAAAAGGAAAGUUUGAAGAGUUCUUGGUAAUUUUUCUGAGACAAAAAACAUGUAGCCUCAAAGGCAUAAUUAUUGCAGUUCUAAGAUUAUUGUUGAAUUAUUGUUGUUGAGUUUGAAGAAACAAGGUCAAUAAAUGGACAAUACAAUACAGAGUAGUUCUGCAAUAGAAUGUACAAGGGCCCAAAAUCUACCAUGGAGGAAGGAAUAAAGAUCCUUUUGCUUUUCCAGG